AGCAAUCUCAAACACCUGCAAAAUACAUGCACAUGCCAGCAGAUCAUCACAAGCUGCAAAGAAGACUGAGCAGACAUGAAUGCUGUUUGGCUUUUACUGAUUGCUGCAGUUAUUCUGCAAACUGGAAACUGUGUGUCUUUGGAAAUUGUAGGAGGAAAGGAAGCUGGACCAAGGCCAUACAUGGCCCUGGUGAGAACCCCAGGAAAGACGCUCUGUGGUGGAACUUUAAUAAAACCUAACUGGGUUUUGACAGCAGCUGAAUGCACAGUAGACAAAACAACAACAGUUGACCUUGGUGUUCGCUCAAUAAAGGCAACAAGAGAAAAACAGAGACAGCAGUUCACAGUUAUCAAAUCAAUUACCCAUCAGAAAUUCAAUGCAAAGAAACAUACAAACAAUCUCCAGCUUCUGCAGUUGUCAGGCAAAGCGAAUUUAACCAAAGAUGUGAGUGUCGUUCGUCUUCCUGAGACAUUUCCAGAAGUUAAACCCGGCAGUGUCUGUGAUAUAGCUGGAUGGGGAAAGACCAAUAACAAAAAUUCGUACAAUUCAGACAAGCUAAUGGAAGCAAGAGUGACGGUCAUAGACAGGAAGACGUGUGUUACCCAGUGGAAGCCAACAGUUCAGAUCACAAAGGACAUGAUGUGCACCAGUGGGAAAGAAACAUCAAGGGGAUUCUGUAAUGGAGAUGCUGGAGGUCCAAUAAUGUGUGGAGGCUUCCUGAAAGGCAUAAUGUCCUUUGGAGCUCUGCUGUGUGGAAUUCCCAAUGGGACUGAUGUCUCCACUCGUCUGACUAAAGACUACAUGAAGUGGAUCAACAAAGAAACCAAGAAAAGACCAUAGACAUAGCUAUUGUAGUUAUAUGUUGUAUCAACCACUGGCCUUUCAUAAUUCUUGUAGACCCAGAAAUAAAAUGUUUCCAUGAAAAUUG